AUGGCUACUCGUCUUUUCGUCUUAAUUUCAUCCUUCGCCUUGUUGGUUCAUUCCGCUCCUGCUACUGGUAAUGAAGUGGAAGGAUCCGGAGAACUUCCCUGCGAUACUGAUGGUUUCAUCAACUGGGAUUAUCGUCACGUUCCCAAGAAGCCAGAAGUAGUUGAGGUUAUUGAGACUAUUGCCGCUACUCCCAACAAUGCCAAGCUUUGCCCAAAUGGAUGGAUUAGCUAUCGUGAAUCCUGUUAUUCGAUCAGUUCGGAUCAACUUGCCAUGGACAAAGCUGAACGUGCCUGCAACGAUUUGGAAACUGCUCUGUUUGUUCCUGAUACCGUUGAAGAGUUCGACACCAUCAGAGUUCUUGCUCCUCAAAAUAACCAGACCUGGUUAGGACUUACUGGAUCUACCUGCUUGCAAUGGCAAACCAAGGGAGGAAUGGACUUCGAACUUUUGAAUCAUAAGCUUAAGUCUGAAGAUCGUAUGUCUGCCUGUGAAACUAAGUGCUUUGCCCAUAUGAAUGCUGAAGAGCCAAAGGAGCAGUUCACUCACUUCUACGACUGUACAAACGAGUUCUAUUAUAUUUGUGAAAGAAAUGCUACACUAUAUGCUACUUUGAAUUGA